UUCUCAGCCUUGAACGCGCGGAUUGCUGUUUUUAACCAGAAAAACAAUAUUACACCGUCAAAAAGGAGUAUAACUGAUAGUAGACUCCUUCACAUUUGCCUCCGCAAUUACCGGUGCCUUUAGUUUUGAUCGCGGUGUUGCUGCCAGGUGGUUCGCAGCUGCAUAAUAACGCUGCGUAAAUGAAAAGUGGUUCGGUGCGCAGGCAGCGAAGUGCCACGCGCGUCCUAAUGCGCGGGCUUAAUCUGCGUCUAGAUGUUGAACGCUCAGAACAUUAAAGCAGACACACUGUCAGUACUUGCGCAUUUGGGGGGUUUAAGCGCGUUAAGAUGACAAGGAGUGACUUUGCACUGAUGCAGAUUAUUUUUUUUUUCUUUUUAAUUUCCCUCGACAAAAAGGAAACUGCGGGGGAGAUUACUUGCUCUCGAGGGCAGCGCUCCUCGGAAGCGUCUGCUCGGGGUUCGGGCUCGUGGAAACCUCUGUUCUGUGUGGAUCAACCCCCGCCGGUCUUCAGGGCUACCUGGGCUCUGUUGUCGAGCAGCGCGAGCGCAGCGGGGGGCGCAGCGUGUUUCCCCGUUUAAUGCCAGCUGGAGGCCGACGGGAGCUGAAGGAAGUCGAAUUCUGAUUAAAUAACGGUGGUUCUGCAGCACAGCGUGUGAUCAAAGACAACAUUUACUUGAGUGAGCGGAGGAGCACAAAAGCCCAACAAGAAAGCUAAAUUCUGCUGGGCGGUUUCCCAUUAAACGCGUUACAUUCCUAAUGUUCCUGCAAAACUCAAUUCCCUUCUCUGAAUGCAUAAAAAGGUGGAUUAUUUACAAACCGUUGCUGCUUGAGAUAAAUAGGUCAGUGCAAUGUAAUAUUUGGAACAAAACACCCUACAAUACAUAAAAUAAUACUCUAAGAUGUUUUAUUUAUGUGUCGCUCUCCGCUGACCCCGUUUACUCCGUCCUUUCAAACGCUGCAUCAGGGGAUUUGCAAACGCAAACACAGUAAAAAAAAGAAAAAAGCAAGACAGCUUCAUCAUGUUUUUCGCUCUCGUGUCCUUGAUCCUGCUCCUCCACCUGAACACAGUCGGAACUCGGCACCGGCACCGUCUCCUCCGCACCUUCCCGUGGUCCUCGCGCGCGCCUUUCUUUCCUCGCGUCCCGGAAAAGCCCGACACCACGCAAACACGAUUUUCUAGAAGGUGUCGGUGUCGCGUCACAACGCGUUAAGCUUCACCUCUGACGGACGCGCCGCGGGGACUUUGAUGUGGCUGCGGCUCUCACGGCGGAUUUCGCCCCGGUCCAAUCACGCCGGCUGGCGAGGAGAAGCGCGUCAGCCGCGCGGCCGAGCGCUGCGCGUUCGCGUGGCACCUAUAAACAGACGCGGCGCGCACAGCCGCGACUUGUCGUGGAGCGAGGAGGAGACGCUCGCCGCGGCGGAGGACGACAUCCGCGCCGGGAGAUAACGGGCACGCUCAGAAUGACGCGCCGGGCAACUUUUCCCCUCUCUUUGUGGCAACUCUCCGUCCAACUUUGCUGUUCGAGGUGAGCGAGCGAGCGAGCGCGCGCGGGCGGGCGGCCAUGCAGCUCAACGACACCGGGGUCCGGACUCUGGCUCCAGACGCGUGCGAGCAGCAGAUCCUCCAGGAGGACAACGCUGGGGACGCGGCCGGGACUCCAACCAGCAACCUGUCCCUGCACUGCUGGCUGCAGCUCCUCACCAAGGAGUCCAUCAUGGAGUUCCAGGGGGACAGCUCCAGUGUGGUUGUGCGCGUGAUGAUAGCGUGCGUGUACUCCAUAGUGUGUGCUCUGGGGCUGGUGGGGAACUCGCUGGCUCUGUACCUGCUGCACUCGCGCUACCGGCAGAAGCAGUCGUCCAUUAACUGCUUCGUGAUGGGCCUGGCCGUCACCGACCUGCAGUUCGUGCUGACUCUGCCGUUCUGGGCCGUGGACACCGCCCUGGACUUCCGCUGGCCGUUCGGCCGCGUCAUGUGCAAGAUCAUCAACUCCGUCACCACCAUGAACAUGUACGCCAGCGUGUUCUUCCUCACAGCCAUGAGCGUGACGCGCUACUACUCCAUCUCGUCGGCGCUGAAGAUGCACAGCCGGCACGCGGCGGGCGCCAGGGCCAAGUGGGCCAGCCGGGGCAUCUGGGCCGUGUCCCUGCUGGCCACCCUGCCUCACGCCAUCUACUCCACCAGCGCCCAGGUGUCGGACGAGGAGCUGUGCCUGGUGCGCUUCCCGGACUCGGGCAACUGGGACCCGCAGCUUCUUUUGGGCCUGUACCAGCUGCAGAAGGUACUCCUGGGCUUCCUCAUUCCUCUGGUCAUAAUCACCGUCUGCUAUGUGCUGCUACUCCGCCUGAUCCUCAGCCGGCGCGUCGCCGGCGCCGCCAGCUCGGACCCGGGCCGGCACACGCGGCGCUCCAAAGUCACCAAGUCCAUCGCCAUUGUGGUUCUGUCCUUCUUCCUGUGCUGGCUGCCCAACCAGGCGCUGACGCUCUGGGGAGUCCUCAUAAAGUUUGACCUCGUGCCCUUCAGCAAGGCUUUUUACAACGCGCAGGCCUACGCCUUCCCCCUCACUGUGUGUCUGGCGCACACCAACAGCUGCCUCAACCCGGUGUUUUACUGCCUGAUCCGCCGGGAGUUCCGCGCAGGGCUGAAGGAGCUCCUGCUCCAGUCCACCCCGUCUUUCAGGAGCCUGUCUCAUCUGCUGCGCAGGAAGGCCAAAGUGGCUGAGGCACCAGCUGUCAUGGUUCUGGUCCAAAUGGACGUCUGACCGGACGACUGGCGAGUGGAUGGAGCGAAUGACUGACUCACAAAGUAAAAGAGUCAAGGCUGGUUGAUGUGAGUGUUACUUUACCUUAAAGGUGUGUUUAUUUGAAAUGAGAAAACAACAACAACAACAACAACAACAACAACAACAACCAAUUGGUGAGAGAGACUCCAAGUUUCACUCUGCUCAUGUUUUCACUUGUUACAAAGUGACUCUGGCUGUUUAUCCUCUGCCUCUGGACAAUAUCAGUGUUUGUGUUUGUUCUAUGGCGUAACUGUGUGCAUUUUAUACAGUAACAGCGAAAUGGAAAAUGUGAAACCAAGUAUAAUUUCAAAUGUAAAUUAUUAGUAGAGCUAUUUGCUAUACAUAAGACAUAUAAAGACACAAAUGAGAGAAUAAACGAGCAAAACAACUGAAA